AUGAUCUUCCUUUUUUACGAAAUACACAAGGAUAGCCACCUGCCCUCGGCACUAUUGUCGCUGCUCUCGGUGCAGCACCAGCAGCGCUCGCUGGCGGCCGCGUUUGUGCCGCCCUGCAUUCAGGUAACGGACAUGAUGAAGCCCAAAGAGAUGCUCUUCCCGCCGACGUUGCCUAAGUUGCCGAUCGACUCGCUCGACGUCAUCCCGGAGAAUAUCAAGGCGCACCUCUUGCAGCAGGCCUUUAUGCAGAACAACAAUUCGCUCGGGCAGAAGGACGAGCACGACUCUGAGGCCGAGCUCGACGAUACGGACGACAUCGCACUGCCCGAGGAGGCCGAUUACUACGAGAGCAACGCGUUCGCGAACGCGAGCGGCGCCUCCGACGUCGCCGACGCCAACGAUCGGAGGCGGGACGGGCACAGCUCGGACGACGCAUCGCGCCAGUUCGAGUGCCGGCACUGCGGCAAGAGGUACCGCUGGAAGUCCACCCUGCGCCGCCACGAGAACGUGGAGUGCGGCGGCAAGGCGCCCGCGCACCAGUGCCCCUACUGCUCGUACAAGGCCAAGCAGCGCGGCAACCUCGGCGUGCACAUCCGCAAGCACCACAACACGGAGUGGUACGUCUACGCGAGCAACAAGGUCCGCCGCAACAAGAAGACCGCCGUCUAG